UAGCAUGUUGUUAUCACUACAGUAUUUUCAUAUAUCGGUACGCGUGCGCGUCCCGUUUCGUUGUAGGACCAGUCAGCCUUACUUUUACAGUGUUAACGCAGGAAGUAAUAGCACACACACGGGUGUCCAUUAUCAAGUUAAAAAGAUCGUUCGACAUCCCAACAACAAUUAUCUGACGAAUGAUUACGAUAUUGCUCUUCUCGAGGUCGACGAAAUCAGAUUUAACGAUAGGGUGCAACCAGUGAAGCUGGCGGAAAAGGAGCUCGCGGAUGGCGUUAUGGUGAACGUUACCGGAUGGGGCGCGUUGAAGCAAGGGGGAGACAUAUCACCCGUGUUAAUGGGAGUGUCGCUUCCAAUUGUGGACAGAGCAACGUGUCAAAAAAGAUACCACAAAAGUCGCAGAAUCAUCACCGACAGGAUGAUUUGCGCUGGCUAUACACAAGGCGAAAAGGAUUCGUGCCAAGGUGAUUCGGGCGGGCCACUCGUCGCCAAUGGCACCCUUUACGGAAUUGUGAGCUGGGGAUACGGGUGUGCUAAACCGACUUAUCCUGGUGUUUACACCAACGUCGCAAACCUUCGCUCGUGGAUAAAAGGGAUCAGCGGUGUUUCAUCAGUUGUUGUCCAUCGAUGUGAAAAAAUGUCGAAAAAAUUUAUUCUAUUCUUCUGCGUCCUCCUGGCAUACACCGUUAAUACUGAAAGGCACCAAUAUGUGGACAUCGAGGAUUAUCCAUACCACGUAUCGAUCCAGAUUGCCGGUCGACACAUUUGCAGCGGCGCAUUCAUACACGAAUCGUGGAUUAUGACUGCGGCAUCCUGCGUUUUCCAUCUGAAAUUAUCUACGGUGACUGUACGUGUCCGCUCCGCCAAUUUUUCCACUGGUGAUGUGUUAGAAAUAAGUAAUAUCGUGAUGCAUGAAAAUUUCGACAAGUAUGUACAUUUCAACGAUAUAGCGUUGAUAAAGCUAAAGACUCCUGCAGAGUUCGGAGAAAAGUUACUUCCUAUUGGACUUCCAAAGGAAGACGAAGAAAUUCAACCUGAAACGCGCUGUAACGUGACUAGCUGGAAGCAAACUCCGGGGACCGAACCGACCGGGGCUCAGCUCGCGGCGGCCGCUGUGGAGAUCAUAAAUCAACGUACGUGCGAGACGAAGAUGCCGAGUUACAAGCCGCUGUCUAAGGAGAUGCUGUGCGCAGCUAAUGUGACCCACCCGUCGGAAACGUGUCAGAAUGAUCUAGGAGCGCCUCUAGUAUCGGAGCAGACGCUGAUUGGCAUUCUAUCCUACGGAUUAGGAUGCAAAAUCCUGAUAGUUCCGGGAGUUUAUACUCGUAUCAGCAGCUACUUGCAAUGGAUCUUUGUAAACACCGGUAUCCACUACAAAUGA